UGGUCGUGCGUUUGGCAGCGAGAGAGUGUCUGAGUGACGCCGGGGUGUGUCGGGUCGGCGGCCUCCAGUGUGUUUUGUGGUGUGGCGGUGAGAGGUCCGGACACUGCCGCCUCCACCUGGCCUGACACGACCCGAAUCCCAUUCCUAGUGUUGAGGCUUCCGUUGAACACCCGUGGUGCAUGUGUUCUCCCACUGCCACGGUCACAAGGUCAACACCAUCAAUACCAACAUUGCAGCAUGCACCCGGCCCAUGUACACCCGGCCCUCGCCAAACACCGUAUUGACCAAUAAGGAAGUUGUUGCAGUAUCUGACAAAAAAUACAAAGUUUAGAAACAAUAUUUGGCGAUCAGGGCCAAUCUCGUGACAUUACGCUGAAUGUAAUGAAUUACUCAUGACAUUGUGAUGUGUUUAGCGAGUGGAUUAAACCGUUUCAAGAAACCAUCUGAAAACGAAGAUUAGUGAUGAUCAGGAACUGUGUGUCAAGUUUGUUUCGGUACUGUCAAUCAGACCUAAUCGUUGUAGGACCGCUGAAGCGCACACACUAGGAGGAGAGUCUAAAUUCAUUAACUGGACGUGUGUAUAGUCUACACAUCCAUAGGGACGAUCCUGGCAUACUGACGUAUUACAAGAGACCUUGAAGGGGGUACUUGUAUGUUCCCCCUCGCUGACCCACACCAAGGGAGGUCCACCUCGCUGACCCACGCCAAGGGAGGUCCACCUCGCUGACCCACGCCAAGGAAGGUCCCCCUCGCUGACCCACACCAAGGGAGGUCCACCUCGCUGACCCACACCAAGGGAGGUCCACCUCGCUGACCCACGCCAAGGGAGGUCCACCUCCCACACCCGUAACUACAGUACAUCCCCCCCCCCUCCAAGCCUCCCCCGUACCGCCGUGACGUCUCCUCCACCGUCACAACUCCCCCUCCCUACGGCCGGGGGAUCACCCACGUCGGCCAGGAUGAGUGUGGAGAUGGGUACGCCGACGGGCACGCCCGCGGGCACACCCACACAGCCCCAGACCCACCACUUCCACUCCACCCCUGACCACGCCUCCACCGCCCUCCAGGCCAUGAACAAACUCCGGAUCAACACCCAGCUGUGUGACAUCGAGCUGGUGGCGGGCGCCGUGUCCGUGUUCGCUCACCGGGUGGUGCUGGCAGCGGCUUCUGCUUACUUCCACGUUAUGUUUAACAGUGACUUGGUGGAGAAGACUCAAGAACGAGUGGCCCUUCAGGAGUUGGACUCUACGGCGCUAGAGCUGCUGGUGGAGUACUCCUACACGGGCGAGAUUGUCAUCACAGAGGACAAUGUGCAGGUGCUGCUGCCGGCGUCGAGUCUGCUGCAGAUGGUGAGCGUGCGGGAAGCCUGCUGCAAGUUCCUCAUGAGGCAGCUUCAUCCCUCUAACUGCCUCGGCAUCAGGAGCUUCGCAGAUGCUCACAGCUGCGACGAACUCCACACCCGCUCACACAGAUUCGCUCUCCAGAACUUCCCUGAGGUGUGUGGGACGGAAGAGUUCCUCUUGCUGCCAUUUAAACAGGUGGAGGAGUUGAUUGCGUCUCCGCAGCUGAACGUCCCGUGUGAGGAGAAGGUCUUUACCGCCGUCGUGUCCUGGGUCAAGCACGACCUUCCCGAGAGGCAGAAGCUGGUGCCAGAGCUGCUGAAGCACGUGCGGCUGCCGCUCUUGUCGAGAGACUUCCUCACCUCCAACGUGGACGCGGAGCCGCUGGUGAGGGAGAACCCGUCGUGUCACCACCUGCUGCUGGAGGCCCUCAAGUACCACCUCCUGCCGGAGCAGCGCGCCACCCUCACCUCACCUCGCACUCAGGAGAGGCAGCCUGAAGGGGUCAAGCCAUACCUCUUUGCCUGUGGUGGAGGCAGCCUGUUCGCCAUCCACAGUGAAGUGGAGUGCUACAACCCUCGCACUGACCGCUGGAUGCCUGUAGCCUCUAUGAACUACAGGAGGUCACGCGCUGGAGUGAUCUCUCUCGGACGGUACCUCUAUGUCAUGGGUGGAUAUGACGGGGCAUGUGACCUGUCUUCAGCUGAAAUGUACAACCCAUCCCUCAACAAGUGGCUCAACAUCACAGCCAUGGGGACCAAAAGAUCCUGUUUGGGCAUCGGUGUUACCAGUGGCCUAAUCUACUGUGUUGGAGGAUACGAUGGGGCAUCGUGUCUGAGCAGUGUGGAGAGGUAUGAUCCACUGACAGGGUCGUGGACCUCCUGCCCUGCCAUGGCUACCCGUCGACGCUAUUGCAGAGUUUCUCUUCUAGAUAACUGCAUCUAUGCCUUGGGAGGCUUUGACUCCACAAACUACCAGUGCACAGUAGAGCGACUAGACCCACGUGUCGGCAAGUGGAUGUCUGUGCCGCCCAUGAUGAGCAGGAGAAGUAGUUGCGGAGCAGCGAUACUAGGCGGAAUGCUCUACUGUAUAGGUGGAAACGAUGGUACAAUGUGCAUGUCUUCGGCAGAGAGAUUUAACCCCAGAAGGAAUACCUGGGAGCCAAUUACAGCAAUGCAUUCUCGUAGGUCAACGCAUGAGGUUGUGGAGAUAGAUGGGUUCCUAUAUGCGCUGGGAGGCAACGACGGCUCUUCUUCCCUCAACUCAAUGGAACGAUAUGACUCCAAACUCAACAAGUGGGUGCUGGUCACUUCCAUGCUCUCCAGACGAUCGUCAGUGGGGGCAGCAGUACUGAACUGCCACCAGCCAGAUAAUGAAUUGACAUCCACAGUGAAUUUAUUCUUUUGUCCAAGCAGCUACCCGAGAAAAUGCUGUACAUAGGGUCAAGGGUAAAAAAAAAGUGUCAUCAGUUGGUGCGGCUGUGUUAGACUGUCUACAGUUGGAGAGGGGGUUAUCGAAGUCAACUUGACAGGUGGACCGUUACCCAUCUAUAGUGUCAUAGUGUGUCAGCGGUUAACAUGGGCACACUGUACUAGCAAACUUUAGUCAUUGACUCCUAUGAAGAUAAAUCUCUUUGGGUAACAUUAUUUGUCAGUGUGUGUACAUUUACUAUGACUUUUCAGACUAGUCAGAUGUGAAUUUUUACUACCAAGUGUGUCAUAUGGACUUCCGUACAAUAUUGUGUGCUUUAAAAAUUUAGUUACGUGCUAGUCAGUUUGUAUAAGUACCUUGUAGCUAGUCAUCUAUGCCUUAAGAAACUGUUAAUCAUUGAAACUUUGUAACCAAUUGGUCAAAUAAUUAAUAUAUGAACAUGUUUGUUUAUUAAGAGAAAUUCCAGAUAGUUAUUUUUUGCAAUGUCUGAUCAAAUAAAGAUUGUUAAAUUAUUAUAUAUUAGAUAUUAUAUAAGAAGCAUAUAAAACAUGUAUUUGUUUUAAAUCAACCAUAUUAUGAAAACAAACACCCCCUGUGGAAGAUAUAUUUCUGCAUGUAACUCGUAAUCACAUCACAGCUCAUUUGAGGCUUUAACAGCUAUCAGGGGAGUUGCAACCUGUAAAAAUGGAGUUGUGAGUAUAACAGCAUGCGUUAACACGAGCAUAAAUGAAAAAUACUAAGUUAUGGGGAUAAAUAAUCCCAAAAGCAGUGCAAGCCAAAAAUUGUUUAGUGCAGAAAGAAACACAAUGUUUUCAUAUUAUAGCUGAUGACUUCAGAGCUAUCUGUACAGUAGGAAUUCUUGUAUUUUGUACAUAAGUACAAACAAACUUAACUCAUAUUGUUAAUGAUAUUAUUUUCUUUAAAGCAAUUUUAAAAUUGCAAAAGUCAUAACUUCUCCCAUGUGUAUUUUAUGUACAGAUAUUUACAUAAUUUUUGCCUGAUACUGUUAAUUGGUAGAAGAUCUAUAGGCAAAAAUAUAAUUGUUAUAGUUAAAUUUAAUGUUUUGUCACAUAUUUUUACACAACAUUAUCAUCUGCAUGCAAACUUUAUUGAGAAGAAAUAAAUAUCACCACCAUUAAUUGAAAUUUCAGAUAAAUAUUUUGUAAAUA